GUCGAUGACAGUCACAGACUGACGAAUCCAUGACGACUUCCGUACUGGUGCACAUGUCAAGUCAACACACACACAUGACGUCUCCUCUAUCGAUCCUAAUUAACUACGCACUCUCUCUUGAUGACAUCGCUAUUCAGUCAGUGAUCCAGAACUUCUUGUCUAUCUAUCUACACGCAAGUCAGGCAGGGCAAUUAAGGCAGAAAGAAGUAACUGAGAGAGAGAGAGAGACACGGACAGAUAAAGGGCUGACUGUAACGAAUAAACCGGACGAGGAUCAUCUCAUCUAAGCAGCCAUUCACCCACCCACCCACCCACCCACCCAUCAACCCACCCACCCACCCAACACACCCCACCCCACCCAACACACUGAACCGGUCCGCGCACAGCACACGCAACCAACACAUAUAUACACAUAGACAGUCAGACACACUCGCUCUCUCCGUCGUCGUCUCGCGCUGGUGAAGUCCUUAUCAAUCAUCUCAUCUCCCCCUCGGCUGGCCAUGGCCGUGCUCAGGGAACACCCGCACCGUCUGCGUCAUGCCCUCGGCGGCGAACAGGAAAUCACCACCCUGGUCGAAAAACAGCGAAUGCUGCGGCCGGCCAGGUGCAGUGUGAGGGUGGGACUGCUGGGAGAUCGCCGGCGUCACUCUGGCGCGGGUGGGAGCGUGGGAGUCGUGUGCAGACGCUUCGGCGGGGGUCUGCAUGCCGUGGGUGAGCAGGGGCUGCAGGUCGCUCUCGUCUGUUGCCGAACGACGAUGGAGCCGCUUGUGUGGCUGAUGCUGCUGUGGGUGGGCGGGCGGGAUGCCAGGCAGAGGGCCGACGUGGUCCUCUGCAGUUGUGGCCGACGUGUACUCGUCGUGCGGUGUGGCGGGCUCGCUGGCACAGGCCUCCUCGUCGAUGCAGGAAUCGAAACAACCCUUGAGGCAGCACACGGUACCCACAAAGAUGACGAAGCCCAUCAGCUGCAGCGCCAAGAUGCUCUCGACGGCCAGCUCUCCCGACAGCCGAUGGAUGAAGCGGCUCGCACUGCCCCUCUCACGCACACGCACCUCACGGACCUGAACCAGCCGAAGGACACAGACAGAGAGCAUAGCCACACAUGCGGUGUGCUGGCUGCACAUAUGGCCGUGGAGCAUCCAUCCCACCUGCAUGAGUGCCUCCAUUUCCCUCUGCUUCUCCGUUUGAUGCCGCGUGCGCGCGAGCGGCUGGUGCACCAACGACACGGAGGGGGGAGAGCCGUGCUCCACCAGCACUGUCACGUAGUUCAUGCCGCGGGCCAGCCUGCACACAGACAGACAGACACACACCCACAGAGAGAGACACACAUGCAAUGCGGCGAUGGGUGGUUUUGGCAGUGGUGGCACGUACCAAUCUGGUGGGAUUUUCAUCUCGUGUAGCUCUUGUAGCUCCUCGUGUUGCCGCUGCUGCUCGUCACUCUCAUCAUCAGGAGAGACGUCUUGACUGUUUUCGUAGGGCGAAGAAAUGGCAGUUAUCGACCCAUGGUGGCCUGAACCAACACGCACACAGACACGGCAACAGAGACCUUUGUCCGCACUGAGCCCACUGGUAUCGCCUCACUGACCGAUAAGCCUGUCGCUGCACCAAACUUGCCCAACAAAGGUGCCGUUGACCCGCAGGAAGUACCGCCCGUUCAUCACGUUCGGCGUGUGCGGCACGUGAAAUGAGUAAUGCGACCACACCAUCGCCGACCCCUCACCGCCCCCUCCCCCUCGCCCCCCAUGCAGCCCGGCAAAGUGCCACCAAUCCGCGACCUUUCUGCCGUCCACACGCACCUUGCCCCCUCCCAGCCCUGUUCGGUGUAUCCUGGGGGCCCUGCCGCUGCUGGUGUGAUAUGCGACCGGGGGCUCGAUUGAGUGCACCACAGAGAGGAAAGCCAGGUGCCUUGUCGAAGCUGGGAUGGCCACGGACAGCUGCACGAACGGCUCGUUCGUGCCGUUGGCCGUCCGCCGUUUGCGUAUGGGUGCCGCGAGUGGGGGAGUGGUGAGGAGGAGGGAGGUGUUGGUGAAGAUGUGCAUGUGGGAGAACUGGUUGGUCAGGGGGAGGUCGAUCUGCAUGAUCCGCGCCUUGGGGGAGAGCCACUGGCGGACAGGAAGAUACGUCACGUACCUGGCCACCACACACACACACACACACACACACAGUCCCGUGUGUUUCAUCCGCUUCACUGACUGACCAUAGGUAGUCGGUCUUGCCCCUGGUGACGGCAAUCUGGUCGAUCAUCCCUCCAGCCCGCAGGCCCGCCCUUCCCCCUCCCUCACAGCACUGCCCGUCCUCACACACACGCGGCACCUUCACACCGAUCGUCCGCACAUCGCCGGGAGGUAUCACCUGCUCUGGCAGUAAGUGUGUGGGUGCCAGUGCGUCUUGAUAGGGGGAGGGGAGGAUGGCUGGCGGUGAGGAGGGGAGGGGGUCUGUGGUGGCGUAGAGGGCGGUGGGGUCGCUGUUCUUGACCAGCAGGCAAGACCUGAUGGCGGACGGCACACAGCAGAGUGCCGCGCUCUCCGCGUGGACUUGUGGGUUGGUUCUUACCAGGGGAGGAUUGAGUAUCGACAUUUCCUCCACCACACCCGGACGGGUGACGUAGCAUGGUGGUUGCACAACACGCCAUGCGUGUCGCCCCACUCCCACCCAAUGCCAUACCCCCGACCGCCAUAGAGCACCCUGCCCCUCACAGACGCAUGUGCGCCUCCCUUGCGAGUGGUGCCGUUGUUGCUGGCCUCAAGAUGCUGCUGCUGGAGGUGUCUGGCGAUCGACGGCAUGUACUUGGAUAUAAGGGUCGGUGGAGGGGGGAGAGAGUCAAGAAGGAUCCACUCGAGUGUGUAGUGGAGGUAGGCCGCGUGUGAAUACGCCUCCGUGGGCUCGGUGUACUCGUCGACAAGUCUGAAACGAUGCGAGAUGUCCGCUUGCCAGAGGCAGGCAGCCGUGGUGUGGGUGUGUGUGUCGUUACGUGUGUGUGUCGUAUAUCACUGCAGCGCCUCCCCUGGCGACAAAGCGCAUCGACGCGAAGGCACGGUCCUCGCCAGAGUACUCCAAGCCAUCUGCACACACCAAGAGCCGGUCCGGUUCCACAUACGAGUGUUUCGUCUGUGCUCGCCUGUUUGCCUACCGUCUGUCGGCCACUGAUCCAGCCACAGACAGGGCGUCCCCCGCUCUGAAAACAGACAGGCCAUGUGCAUCAUCAUCACACGAAAAGCUGCGUGCCGUGAAUUCCUUUACUUAUGCAGACGUCCUGCAGCCAGUCGCCUGUGACACCAUGGUGACUCCCGGGGUAGGGUGCGCCCGGCCCGCCACAGUAUCGUCCGACGCACGACGGCACGUAAGGCCCAAAGCGACUGACAAGACAAGGGCGGCCAUGCAGCUCGUCGUCGCUGUUGUAGUACCUACCUUUUGUUUCCGAAGAGUGUCUUGGCGUGUCCGCUUCUCUCGCAGUGGAGGGGCCAGUCGAGCGCCCAGAUGACACCCAGGUCCUUCCCAUGACGGGCGGGCAGAGAUGCCAGCCACUUGACGUAAUCUCUGCACACACAAGCAGACAGACUCAUUGAAUGAGAACCGCUGUCUGCAAUGCAAUGGGCCGCUCUCACUCUCACUCACUCACCGUUUCGCUGUGGCGCAUCCUCUGAUAUGGCUCAGCCGCAUCAUGACGAUGGGCCCGCCGUGUUUGGCGCUGUCGUCCCUGACGAUGGCCGUAAGCUCCCUUACCCACCGCUCCAGCCGAUGAACCCACGGCAGACUAAACGAGUGGAAACGAAGCGCCGGCCGCACGUACUGCACCACACACACCGGAGCAGAGACAACAGGAGCAGAGACAACAGUGCUAAUGUGAUUGAUGCACACAGAUGGACUGAAGUAAGUGUGUCGUGGGCCGUGGCAGUCCAGUGCAGUGGGGUGUGGAUGUCUAACAACUAACCUGUAGCCAGAGGGGCAUGCCGCCGAAGGUUCUGUCUGAUAUGGGAGAGAAGUCAGGGCCGAUAUGCAGGAUGACAUACAGCGAGAAGGAGGCCGCCACGCGUAGGAAGUGGGCCAAGCGGGAUGUGUGCAGCGUCUGGGUGCCAUUCCACGGCUGGUGGUAGCCCCAGUACACACGAGUCUGACACGGACAGACAGACAGACAGACAGCUGUUCUUGAUUUGAUAAAUAGACACGUACAUGCACCUCUUUACCUGCACGACAUUGCUCCCCAUCCCCUUGGCGGCUUCAAGAGCCUUCUCCACCUCGCCCUCACUCACCCCGGCAUACUCGACUGUCGCACCUAUCAGCAGUGUCCGCACGCCGCCAAUCGACACAUAAGGCGACGCCGCGCUGACGUUCACCGCGUAGCCGCCACUGUGGCCGUCCGUGUGGUUCACACGCGCCUUGUACCGCACCAGUGUGGGCGACGGCCGUGAGCAGCCGGAGGGGGACGAUGAAUGUGCGGACCGCAACCCCGGUAGGUGCGGCCGGAUGACCGGCUGCUGUGCUGCGACAAGGGUGACGAGCAGCAGGGCAAAGCCGGGGAGGGACAGCAUGCUGCGCGAGCCCGGUGCUUCAUUCAUCAUGCUAUUCACAGUGGCGGGUCGGGUAGAAGAGACGACACGAGAGGCUAUAUCCGAUCAAGCAUCGUCCUUUCAACCAUUCUGGCUUCCUUCCGUGCC